AUGGACGAAAUUGUCGUUAGCAACGACCAGCGUCGCACCCAACAAACCACUUUUCAGCAGUACCAGCCUCCUGGCUCCAAACCGGCCGAUGAGUCUCCCACCCCUACGCGCCAAGUCACCACCGUCAUGGUCGGCGGCAAGGCUCAGGAGAGGCUUUUUGACUAUAUUGAUGGAAGAUGGGUGCAACUCACCGCUGCCGGCGUUCCGCGCAAGAAGCCCGGUCGCAAGCCCGGUACCGUUGUGAAACCCAAGACCGACACCGAAGCCAAGACCCGCCGACCUAGGAAGCCGCGCGAUCCCGAUGCGCCUCCUAUCCAGCGUAAGCGCAAGGUAGCCCUCACCGACACGGAGCAGGAUGAUUCCGACGUAUCACGAGCCCCUGGUCACGCAGGCGGCUCGCCUAACUCUACUUCCCGCAGCUUCCUGCAAACAUCGCCCACUCAACCACGCUCCUCACCUAAGAUGCCUAAACGCGACGGCUAUCCUAGCUCUAUGCAGAGCAUACUUAACGAUGACCCCCCGCCUCCCGCAUCUGUCCCUGUCCGCACCAGUGGGCAGAGCUACGAUCCCAUUCGCGGCAUAUCAGGCCCAGCCCGCGAUGCGCCGCCCUCGCAUACCCAAUAUUCCCCCGCAUCCGGGUCUCCGAGAACACUUGCCCACGCAAACAAGUCUCCCUCCAUAGCUAGUCUCCUGGAGCCCGCCGCACCCAAAAUGUCACCCUCAAAUUCGCACAACGGCUAUCCUGCGUCUCGUUUGCAUGACGAGAGGCCCCUACCGGCAUCACCAUCCAACCAGCCGCCUCGAGCGUUUGCCGCUCGCCCAGUCCCCGAAAAGGCAGAAACGCUCGAUACGCUUCGCCCUGUCCCCAACCCUUCCAACUUUACCACUAUUGCCAACGGUCCCGUUCGAAAGGUGUCCCCCAAGCACACUGGCGUAUCGACCCCGAGGACAGACAUGGACGACGUGGGAACCGAAGGCGAAGGCCGCUCCAUCCUCGACUUUGGCAAGGUUAAACCUGGAGAAGAGGCCGUCGUGCCUACAAUUGUACUGAGCAUCCCCAUCAACAGCGGCGAGACGAACAAGUACGUCAACUUUUUGCGACUCGCAGAGGACCGCUACGGCUGGGAUGCCCUGCACCCCCGCCAGGCGGCGAACCGGGACCGCAAGGCGCGCAUUGCGGCGGUGACGGCAAACCUCGAAAGGAACGAGUCGGGGAGAGAAUCUGGCGAUGAAAUGUCCGUGGACCUGUCCGAUGCCGAGGGUAGCAACCCCGAAAUCGCUGGCGCCAGCGGCACCGACAACCGGCCCAAGCCGACCAAGAAGAAGCGCAACUUCAAGGAGGACCAGUACGACGUCGACGACGACUUUGUGGAUGAUUCUGAGCUUCUCUGGGAGGCGCAGGCUGCCGCAAGUCGCGAUGGAUUCUUUGUCUACUCCGGGCCGCUGGUUCCCGAGGUGGAAAAGCCUCCACCUGGCAGCGAAGGACCCGUUCGUCGUGGUCGCGGCGGCCGUGGCAGCCGUGGUGGCCGUGGAGGCUCUACUCGCGGGGCCGGUACAGGUCGUGGCGGCGGUCCGGGCUCGCGCGGUGGUAUCGUCCGUAAGCCGCGAAUCACCAAGGCCGAGAGACUCCAGCGCGAAAAGGAAAAGGCCGAGCGCGAGUCCAUGGCCCAGAUCCCAAAGACACCGACGAGCAACUACGUCGUGCCAAACCCUGCCCCGAUCCAGCUCGGCGUUUGA